CACAAUAGUUCGCUUUUCAAGGCUGUUGUUUUACAGUAAUAUUGUUGACAUUCCUUCAUUACCGCGAGGGUUAAACAUGCAACUUCUGAAGUAGUUCAAGUCAGGGUUUCUUGGGAYACGCAGCMGCUCUGAGGAGCUACAUGGAACUAUUUUCCUAUUUUUCUCAAUAACAAGCCGAAGCGAGACAAUUAAGAUGAAUUUAAGUCUUGCAGUUUUAGUGCUUUGUGUCUGUGUAAGCUCAGUGGCGCCUUCUGGUCUUUACUGCUGGYUGUGUGCGCAAGGCGUCGGGACCUCGUUUAAGGACUGCGAUGUCAGACGAACGGUCCAAAAUUGCUCUGAGGMCAAAUUUCAAGAGCCAGGCAAAGGACCUUUGGACCGAUGUGCAUAUUUUUCGUAUUACUCACUUAAAGAGAAGAAAAGACUGUAUGCCAAAAGCUGCACGUUCGCUUCCUAUUGUACGGAGACUGGUGAUGUGUUUUGUAAGAAUGUUCCUGGUGGAGCAACUCAAUGUCAGAYAUGGAAGUCUUGUGAUUGCGCAAUCGCUUUCAACCAUGGUAACGUUGUUUCCAGGUCGAGUGCUGUAAAACAGAGAAGUGUAAUGCAGAGGAUCAAUUCCAGGUGGUGAAGACAUGGCCAACCCCAACCCCCUCUCCAACAGACAGCCCUUGGUGUGACUGGAACGAGACGAAU